AUGUUAACGGAAUAUCGUUUGAGAAGACGAACGAAGACUAGACAAGCAAAGCCACCGUCUAUAUGGGAUUUCAUCCAAGAAAUUUACAAAUCCAUGCAAUUACUUUUUGAAAUAAUGGUCUCUUUUCCUAUGUACAUAUUAGGAAAACUUGGAAUAACGAAUAUCUUAUCCACUUUACUUGCUACGAAUAGUAUAUUCGGUCCAGCAAUGGUUGCUCUCUCAGUAGUAACAGUAUCUGCUUCUAUAGGUGUUGGAUUAGGCGUUGGCCUUGGUGUUGGAUUAACGUGUGCAAAGGAUGCUGUCAUCAAUAGUACUAUGAAUGGAACAAAUGCAACUGUUUCGCGAGAGUUAGACUUUUACGAUUACUCUUAG